UCUCUCGUUUCUGUUUGCUCUCAAAAACACACAAAUUAGGGAUAUAGAGAUAUGUCGAUCUCCAGAGCUGCGCUUAGUGGGUUGGGAUCUUCUUCGUUCUUGAUCAGCAGAGGCAAGAGAGGAGGCAGCGUUGGCGGUGGAGCUAUGAGAGCUGGCCGGAAGAACGUGAUCACUGCACCUCAGCGCAAGAAGUCGUGGAUCUCCACAGCCGUGAAAGCUUCUGGCAGCUCCAAUAACGAUCCCAAAUGGCUUGACAAUGCAUCACAGAAAGCUUCGGAAUAUGUGAAGGAGACCGGAAAUGAAGUGGGACAAGUGUCUGCUCAAAAGGGACAAGAGCUUCAAAACCAUAUGGAGAGAGCAAAGGACUACAUUUUUGGGAAAGCUGGUGAAGCGAUGGACUCAGUGGCUGAAAAUGCAAAGAGAGCUUCUGACUUUGUGACGGAUAAAGGCAGAGAGACUAAGGAAGAAGCUGCUUCAAUGACGGAGAACGCCAAAGACUUCAUCGUUGAAAAAGCUGGCGACGUGAAAGACUCAGCGACUGAUAUGAAAAAUAAAACGGCCAAGUACGUUGGAGAUAAAGCAACGGAUGCUAAAGAAGCCAUAUUGCCUCCAAAAACUGAUGUAUAGAUUAAUGUGUUGGUAACUAAGUUACAUAUUUUCAUAUUUUGGAGCCCUAAACAUAUAUAUAAUCAUAUAUAUUGAGGCAAUAUAGAAAAACAUUACUAUGUUUAA